CCGCGCGCAUAACAAUGCAAAAUUUAUUUCGACGGCGCUUUCACAAAGAUUUUGGAAGAUUUCUCACCCCAUCUCUGACAGUUCAGACGAUAAGAACUCAAUGUAUCCACACCCUCAACAGACACCAACACGGAAAAUGUCUUGUUUUAAAACCACAAAUAAUACGAAAUCCAGUUCGCUGUAUGUUUAUACAGACAUUCGAUACCCCGAAUCCUAACAGUUUAAAAUAUGUACCUGGAGUUAAAGUUUUAGAAUCUGGAACAAUCGAUUUCCCUAAUGUUAGAUCUGCUGCUUCUUCUCCUCUUGCUAAACAGUUAUUCCGUAUAGAUGGGGUGAAAGGUGUUUUCUUCGGUUCUGAUUUUAUCACUAUUACUAAGUCAGAUGAUGAAGUAGAAUGGAGCGUAAUGAAUCCCGAGAUAUAUGCCACCAUCAUGGAUUUCUUUGCUAGUGGUUUACCUGUUUUAACAGAUGAACAGCCUUCUAAUGAUACAGAAAUUCACCCUGAUGAUGAUGAAACAGUAUUAAUGAUAAAAGAAUUAUUAGAUACUAGAAUUCGACCUACAGUACAGGAAGAUGGGGGUGAUAUUGUUUAUAUGGGUUUUGACAAUGGAGUUGUAAAGUUAAAGUUGCAGGGAUCAUGUACAAGUUGUCCGAGCUCAGUGGUCACGUUAAAAUCUGGAGUACAGAACAUGUUACAGUUCUAUAUUCCAGAAGUCGUCUCCGUAGAACAGGUAGAAGAUGAAGUUGAUGAGGCCUCCAAACAACAACUAGAGAAACUAGAGAAAGAACUGAACGAUACAGAUAAAUCUUAGUCUAGGAGAGAAAAUAGAGGACAUGAUGAGAUCAAUGAUGGGAUUCGUUUGGACUUAUGGACAUUUUGUGCUGUAAAUCAAAUUCCUUCACAUAUGAAUACAAAAUAAACAUUUGCUACUAAUAUGUGAACACUCUGAAAGAUAUGAUUUUCUAUUUUCUAAAUAUAACCAAGUUGAAAUUCGAGAAGAGAUGAUGUAACAUAUUUUGGGGACUUUAUAAUUUUUUUGUUAGGACAACCGGUACCUCUCCAUUCAUUAUGUUGCUGCGAUUGAGAACUCAUCAUUUGAAACGGGUUGAGAUUUAUGUGAGAAAUGUAUUUGUUGUUUGUAUAUAUGUCUGUUUUAAAAAUAUUUAUAAAUCU